GUGAGCUGAAAAGCAUGGCUACGUUGAAGGAGAUCUUAACGCGACGUCCCGUGGCGGCGACGAUCCGACUAAGGGUGGAUGCCGGCGGCGCGAAGCCCGGGCCACCGGUGGGCCCGGCUCUAGGUCAAUACAAGCUGAACUCGAUGGCGUUCUGCAAGGACUUCAACGCGCGGACGCAGAAGUACAAGCCGGGGACGCCGAUGGCCGUGACCAUAACGGCGUUCAAGGACGGAACCUUCGAAUUCACGCUGAAAUCUCCGGCGGUGACGUGGUACCUGAAGCAUGCGGCGGGGGUGGAGAGCGGCAGCAGCCGCCCCGGUCACGUGGCCGCCUCCACCAUAACCCUAAAGCACGUGUACGAAAUCGCGAAGAUCAAGCAGAGCGAUCCUUUCUGUCAGUACAUGCCGCUCGAGUCGAUUUGUAAGUCUAUCAUCGGCACUGCCAACUCAAUGGGGAUUAAGGUUCAGAAAGAGCUUGAUUAAUCUUCGAAUUUCAAAUCAGAUUAGGGGAUGAUACUUGAAAUUAGAUGAAUGGAGCGAUAUUUGAAUCUUCAUUUGGUGCUUAUGUGUGCUAAUGGCAUUAGACUGAUGUGUUUUUAGUAAUUAAUUUUGCAAAAUUCUUCAAUUAAGGCAUCAGUUUUGCAGAAACUUGUCAGCUUUACCUUGUUUUUGCUUCCCCCGAGAAUUGAGAGCAUAUAACUUACAAAUUGUAGAGAUAGUUAUUGCAAUAAACUAAUACUACUCUGGCAUUUUGGAAUAUGAUGAGUUUGAUCAAUGCAGAAUGACACUCAUCAUAUGUGUUUUCUUCAUAUUACUGCUGCUUCUGUUGUAAUUGAAUCUUGAAAGAUCAAGCAUUGGUUUUGCUUGUUCAGAAACUGUUGGGUGUUUUAAUUAACUACGAAGACAUAGAAUUUGUCA